AUGGAAGGAUGUAAAAAAGAUCAAAGGAAAUUACCAUCAAAAUUACUCAUAACUACAUUAAAUUCUAUUCAAAGUGUUCUCCCAAAUUCAACAUCAAUUUAUGUUGUUUCUGUUGAUUCAAAAUCUGUCAGUUAUAUUGGAUCUUUUUUACAACCUAAAAAAAAGAGAGAAAAGAAGAGAAAUUCAUCAUCACGUGAAAGUGUUUCUUUUGAAGAAGUAUUAGAUUCUUUAUCUCAAUUAAUUGUUGCAACUGUUAAUGUUGGAAAAACAUAUGAAGAAACUGAUACAUUAAAAACAAUGCAUCUUCAAGGAAGAGAUUCAAUGAUUUCAAUUAUUUUUAAUAAAAAACAAAGUAUUUGUGUUGUAAUUGAUUCAAACAUUAAUGAGUUGUGUUAUGUAUUUGAUGAUCAAAUUCAAAUUCAAUGUCAACCAAUAUUUGAUGCAUUAGAAUAA